AGUUCCCUCUGGUUGUCCCCCUGUCCCUUGGAGAAUGCUGCUGAUGGGCAGACCAGGAAGUGAAAUCAGCAGUGACUAUUGUAAUUUGAACUUUAUACGGAAUAACCUGUUGUGGACCAUGCAAGUAUUUUUGGAAGCUAGCUAUUGAUUUGUUUCUUACACUAACUAGCCAUGGUGGUGGAGCAGAGAAGCUGGGUGCUGACUGGCGCCACUGUCGCCUUUGUCGCAGCGCUUUACCUGCCCUGCACACAGAAGGCUGUCCCCGGUGGAGACUCAGGAGAGCUGAUCACCGCUGCUUGUGAGCUGGGGGUGGCUCACCCCCCGGGAUACCCAGUCUUCACCCUCUUAGCCUGGCUGGCUCUGUCCCUGCUGCCCUAUCUCUCCCUCUCCGUGUCUCCGGCCCACAGUGUCAACCUGCUGAGCAGCUUGCUGGGGGCCGGGGCCAGCGGGGCCCUCUGCUUCACUGUCUGCAGACUGGCAGGCCCAGGGCCGGGUGCGGUGCUGGCUGGUGGGGUGUUUGCUGUGUCCAGGCUCAGCUGGCAGUGGUCGGUGGUGGCUGAGGUCUUCUCCCUCAACAACCUCUUUGUUGGGCUCCUCUUCUCCCUGACUACCAGCUUCCACUGUGCUGACAGUGCCCCCCAGAGGAGGAAGGUUUCCCAUUGGGGGGCGCUGUGCUGUGGCCUGGGUCUGUGUAACCAGCACACUCUGGUGUUGUACGUGGUGGUCAUCAUUCCCUGGGUCCUGCUCCAACUCUACUCUCACAGAGAGCUGUCUGUCUGUGGGCUGAUGUCUCUGGGACUGUGUUUCCUGGGGGGUCUACUGCCCUACGUCUACCUGCCUAUCUCCUCCUACCUGAACACAGCUCGCUGGAGCUGGGGAGACCAGACUUCCCCCUCAGGCUUCUUUACUCACCUACUGAGGACUGAAUACGGCACCUUCAGCCUGGCCAAGACAGAAGGUACCGGGAACCUCACCAUGAUGCUAAAGGCUCAGCUGGACCACUGUAUGGCUGACCUGUCCCUCCCUGUGCUGUUCCUGGCUGGACUGGGCAUGUUCCUCAUCUCCUGGGACAGGAGACGCCUUGUUGUUCCCUGGCUACUGACGGCCAUGCUGCUACUCUACUCCCUGUUCUUUGCCUGGAGAGCCAACCUGGACAUCAGCAGACCCCUACUGCUGGGAGUGGUGGAGCGGUUCUGGCUUCAGAGCGAUGCUGUGGUGUGUGUGCUGGCUGGGCUGGGCCUGAGUUGGACACACACAGGCCUGGAGAGGAGGCUAGGCCAUGGGGGUCUGUGGAGGGCCGGAGGCUGGCUCUUCACCGUAGGUGUCCUGGCACACAUGGUGCACUCCAACCAUCGGGAGUGUGAUCAGAGCAUUAACAGUGUUGUGGAGCGGUUCGGCAGGGAGCUUCUGGCCUCUGUUCCUCCAGACUCUAUCAUCCUGACCCGGGGAGACCUCCCAGGGAACUCCCUGCGCUACCUCCACUACUGCCAGGGGGUCCGGCCUGACGUACACCUCGUUGACCAGGAGAUGAUGACGUACAGCUGGUAUGUGGCCAAGCUGGGCCAGCAUCACCCUGGGGUUCAUUUCCCUGGGCUCUGGUGGGACCCGGUCCACACUGAGGAGAAGGACACCUUCAGUCUGGAGCAGUUCCUCUCUCACAACACACGGGGGGCCGUGCUGGCCUGCAUCGGGCUGCCUAACGGGGACCCCAGCUGGGAGAGGAGCUUCUCUCGCUGGCCCCUAGGCGUGUGUGACCACCUGGUGCCUGCCCAGGAGCACUUCCACCCAGAAGAGUGGGCCCGUCACACCCGCUACAUCUAUAACUGGACCGAGCCACACAACAGUUUCCACCCAGGGUCCUGGGAGAGGGUGGCUAAUGAGGAGAUGUGGCAGGCCAGGAUGAAGACGGCUUUCUUUCUGUUUGACCUGGCUGAGAGGAUCCAGGGAGAGGGGAAAGCUCGCCUGUUUGAGCUCUCCUACACUCUGUAUAAGGAGAUCGUGGAGAGCCAUACAGACUACCCUCCCAACUGGGAUAAAAACCUGGCCCUGGCCAGCGAGAGGCUCCUGCGUUCAGGGAAGCACGGCCACAGCCCUGACAGCCUGCUGACCUGCAGCAUCCAGCACUUCAGCCUGUACCUGGACAAGGAGCCCACGGACUCCCAGGCCCCCGCCAUCCACACCGCCGUCUCCCACCUGCUGCAGGAGAGGACCAGGCUCCGGCAGAAACACACCCCGUGAGGGAGGGGAGUGUCAGAUAGAGCAGGCAUACAGGAAGUACUGCAGGACACCAUGGAGACUGAGGAGGAGAGGUCCUCUCAAUGAGUGUGGCAGCCAGGGGAUGUUGAAUAACCUACAGGCUGCGUCUGGUGCUCUAACUUCUCUGGUGGUUGGGAUGAAGGGUUUUCUCAGGGGUUGAACACGCCCAGUACAGUGGAGAGUAGACAGUCAUCAUGGACAAAUAUAUGUAUGAUGCCCUGGAAAAUUCUGUGAUGAAGUAGGGCAGGAAAAACAUCCCUUGUCAAAGAAUUGGCUACAACAUGGGACCUAAUAUGGAGGUAGUGCUGGUGAUGGGGUUCUCUGUGAUGAGGUGGGGGUUGUCCAGACAAACAGGAACCAGGCUGCACCUCACACUGCAGAAAUGUUUUCCACUGGCGACAUUACAUGACUUUUGCAGCCUGGAUUGAACCCAAUCAAGCUGUUCAAGUCUCCCACACAUACACACUUUUAUUUACUAUUUCCCUGUCUCAUUUUUCUGUCUCUCUCUCUCUGCAUCUCUUUCUCUCAAACAGCUUUUAACGUUAUGAUUAUGUGGCCGUGGCCACCUGCUGAUUUAGUUAUCUUUUUCUCCCAUUAGGUGGCAGGGCUGAGAUUGAGGGAAACCCAAUUUGGGUGCAGAAAUGGGGGAUUAGAGCAGGCUCUUAAUCCGUGACAGAUUUGUGCAUUGCCACGCUGUCCUGGGCUCUGGUCUCUUAGCGUGACCCUGGCUCCCAGUCGCCAUCCCUGCCCACCGACUAUCCAUCCAUCUGAGUUGGUCCUUUAAAAACGAAUGGAUUCAAUUAGCUUUUUUUUCUCCCUUUGACGACAGAGCUAUAAUCCCUCAUAGAUUUAAAUUAAAUAUGAAAUGUUACAAUGCCAGGGACCCUUUUAGAGGUGUGUGUGUGUGUGUGUGUGUGUGUGUGUGUGUGUGUGUGUGUGUGUGUGUGUGUGUGUGUGUGUGUGUGUGUGUGUGUGUGUGUGUGUGUGUGUGUGUGUGUGUGUGUGUGUGUGUGUGUGUGUGUGUGUGUGCGCGCGCACGCCCCCCAGUGAUACGCAGAGAGGAAAAACACACACACACCGAGCAGUGGAGCGCUUUCAUUUCCAGAGAGACAUUCCGUCACGCAGACAUCGAGUCACAACCACAGUCACGCAGACACUCAGAGACGUUGCAUCCAGACAUGCAAAGGUCCCCAGCAGCACGACCCACACUCCUGGAUAGAUGGACUCAGUCACUUGAGGCUGGUCUGAGAGACAUGGUGUUUCAGUACACUUAAUUACAUCUUUGACUGCUUUCCCUUUCAUUCCUUCUCAUUCCUUCUCCCCUCUGUUCUCGCAUAGACUUUCUACCUAAUUUACCGUAAACAUUCUCAGUCUGUGAACAUGCCAUUUCACUCUUUUGGGGCUGGUUUGAUAUUUGAUGUUUGAUAUUUGGGCACCACUGAUUUCUAUGAGACCUGGUACACAGCCACUCCUGUGUCCUGUUCUGUCAUCUGCUCUCAUUGUACUUUUAAUGGCAUGGAGAGAGAGGGCAGAGCACUAGAAGUGCUGCUCCGGGUCCUCUCAGAAAACAACCUGCCCUCUGCUCUGUCCACGGGGCUGGCUGAUGAGAACGGGCCUAGGACAGAUGGUACAUCUCUCUCUCUCAGAACAAAAAUAUUUUUCUGUUCUCCAAAGAUUAAAAUACUCUAAGAAAGAUUUUUUCCACUUUAAACAUUCUCAGAGCUUUACUUUACUGUUUCUACUGUGUUAGUAAUUUUUUUCUAUGAGACAUUUUAUUUCUGGUGUAAGUAUAUUUACUGAUUUAUACAAAUAUAUACAAAUCAGUAUUAAAAGGAGAUGCAAAAAAAUUACCAAAGACCUAUUUGAAGCUGUUUAAAUCUGCCAUUAUAUUUCUUGUGUUUUUAUCCCUCUUUGCCACCUUUCUGUGUCGUUAACCUUUUCUCAUCUCACAUCCUCGGUUCUGCUUUAUUCCCUCUGUCCUUGUUUGUCUCCCUCCCUCUCUAACACCACUCUAUCCUCGUUUCUGUCUCCCUCCCUCUCUAACACCCCUCUGUCCUCGUUUCUGUCUCCCUCCCUCUCUAACACCCCUCUAUCCUCGUUUCUGUCUCCCUCCCUCUCUAACACCACUCUAUCCUCGUUUCUGUCUCCCUCCCUCUCUAACACCACUCUAUCCUCGUUUCUGUCUCCCUCCCUCUCUAACACCCCUCUAUCCUCGUUUCUGUCUCCCUCCCUCUCUAACACCACUCUAUCCUCGUUUCUGUCUCCCUCCCUCUCUAACACCACUCUAUCCUCGUUUCUGUCUCCCUCCCUCUCUAACACCCCUCUAUCCUCGUUUCUGUCUCCCUCCCUCUCUAACACCACUCUAUCCUCGUUUCUGUCUCCCUCCCUCUCUAACACCCCUCUAUCCUCGUUUCUGUCUCCCUCCCUCUCAACACCCCUCUAUCCUCGUUUCUGUCUCCCUCCCUCUCUAACACCCCUCUAUCCUCGUUUCUGUCUCCCUCCCUCUCUAACACCCCUCUAUCCUCGUUUCUGUCUCCCUCCCUCUCGAAACACCCCUCUAUCCUCGUUUCUGUCUCCCUCCCUCUCUAACACCCCUCAGUCCUUGUUUGUCUCCCUCCCUCUCUAACACCCCUCUGUCCUUGUUUGUCUCCCUCCCUCUCUAACACCCCUCUAUCCUCGUUUCUGUCUCCCUCCCUCUCUAACACCCCUCUAUCCUCGUUUCUGUCUCCCUCCCUCUCUAACACCCCUCUGUCCUCGUUUCUGUCUCCCUCCCUCUCUAACACCCCUCUGUCCUCGUUUCUGUCUCCCUCCCUCUCUAACACCCCUCUGUCCUCGUUUCGGUCUCCCUCCCUCUCUAACACCCCUCUGUCCUCGUUUCUGUCUCCCUCCCUCUCUAACACCCCUCUGUCCUCGUUUCGGUCUCCCUCCCUCUCUAACACCCCUCUGUCCUUGUUUCUGUCUCCCUCCCUCUCUAACACCCCUCUGUCCUCGUUUCUGUCUCCCUCCCUCUCUAACACCCCUCUGUCCUUGUUUCGGUCUCCCUCCCUCUCUAACACCCUUCUCUCCUCGUUUCUGUCUCCCUCCCUCUCUAACACCCCUCUGUCCCCCUCUCUCUGAGAUUCAGUUGCCCACCCCAAAUCAGCAAGCUGCCGAAGGAUUGUAGGAACCCAUGGAAUCGCCAUGACCACGGAUGCAGGCAGGGAGCCACGGCAAUGCUGGAAUGUGGGGCGUCUGAGGAGAUAAGAGCUGUGAGCCCAGCCAGGGAGAGGGAGUGG